UUUUCAUUGCUGUUUUGAAAGAUUUAAAGAAAAAGUAUCUUUUUUCUAACUUUUCAAGACGUUAACAGUUUAAUUCAAUAAAAAUGAAUAGAGUUAAGAGAAGAGACAAACAGCCGAGCACGUCGGAUGUAGCUGAAAAUCCCGACUCCGGCUACGCCGUCUACGUCGGCAACCUGGCCAAGUCCACCACGAAGGAGGCGCUGUGGGAGUUCUUCGGCUCCGGCCGAGGUCCGGUGCUGGACUUUUGCUUCCGGCUGGAGGACUGCACCUACUGUCCCACGAAGGUAGCGCUCAUCAGGUUUGCGAACCUUGAGGACCAGCAGUGGGCGUUGAUGCUCAACCAGACCCUGUUGGAUGGAAACCGGCUGCUGGUGACCGAAGUCAACUCGGACGCCGUCUUCACCCCGAAGAACACGGCGAUGGUGAUGAACUUGAGUGAUGAAAUCACCGAGGAGGACCUGUACAAACGGUUCCGGACGAUUGGCGCCAUCGAGGCGGUCCUCAAGCCGGCCCACAACUACGGGUACGUCGGGUUUGUGCACGCGGAAAGCCUCGAGGGGGCGAUGAAUCUGCACAACCAGUUUCUGAGGGGCUUCAAGAUGAACAUUCAGCCGAUCCGGAGGAACGUCUCGAUGCUGCUCGAGAGGUCGCCCGAGUUUGGGAGUAUUCGGGAGAAGUGCGGGGCCCUUGGACUCAAGUAUCGCCCGGAAGCGGAAUCGGAAACCAGACUCCUCGUCACCAACAUCCCGCGCCAAACGCCCGAAGAGGACGCGCUGGCUUAUUUCGAGCGAUUUGGCAAGAUCCUCGACUGGGUGAUGGAAAAGUCUGCCAUCUCGGUGAUGACCAACAGCGCCGGUGUCACCUAUCUGGACCCGAAAACGGCCCGCAAGGUGUUCCUGGCCGGUCCGCACUACUUCCAGGGCGGCUGCCUGGACGUGUUCCAUCCGCAGCUGACGUACGGCGAGGUGUCCUCGAAGCUGGCCGUGCUGCUGCAGGGGACCAACACUUUUAUCACCAACGACGAGAUCUUCGAAGCGAUGAGCGAGUGCGGCCCGGUCAGCUACAUCCACCGUGUUGACGCCGUUCGGCACUGCACGAUCGUGCGGUUCCGCUCGACGGACGCCGUGAUUCAGGCGCUCAAGGUGAAGCAGAUUGCCGGGGAGAACGUGCUCUUGACGAAUUACACCGAGAGGAAUUACAACUCGGACGUGCCACCGUACCCGGAGAUGUUCCCGAAAACUAGUACCCGGUUGGAAAAGGAGGAAACGCUGAGCUACCUGAUGGAGCAGGAGCAGCGUGCCGAGCAGACCCGGCUGGUGACGGUUCCGGACGAGUCGUACCGCAGUCCCAGUGAGGAGUACUACCGGAAUGAAGUGCGAAUCCUAAACUAUCCGAAGGGCACCACGAUGGUCCAGUUCCGGGAGUACUUCCGCAAGCACGGCAACGUGAUCAACCUGCGCGAACUGCACAAGGGGCGCCGCUUCGCCGAAGCGUUCGUCAGCUUUGACACGCUGCUGGAGGCUCGCCGUGCCUGCACGAUGAACCAACGCUUCAUGAACACCCGGCGCGUGCUGAUCCACCUGGCCAGCGAGCGGGUGCUGCUCGAUCCGGAGCGGUGCGUGCGCGUUACGGGACCACUGGUGGACGUGUACGACGAGGACAUUUACGACACGUACUGCGAGCUGGGCACGGUCCAGUUUGUGCUGCGGGAGUCGGACGAUGCGGCCGUUGUGGGACUGGACCAGGCCAAGUGGCUGCCGGCGGCGCUGACCGUGACGGCGGUCGGGAAGUGUGCGGUGCAGACGAGCAGGAUCCGGGAGCGGGAGCAAGACUUUGAGGAAGAUCCGGAAAGGGAACCCGCGAGGGAGGAGGAAUCGUAUCAGAUCGACUUGACGGAGGAGGACGAUUGCUACGGGUAUUCUAACUUUGAUGACGAUGCGGAACCUGCCGGUGGGAUGACCUCACAAGGAUACUUUGCGCAGGACUCGAUGGGAUCCUUCGACUCAACGAACGCGAAUGAUGUUCCUGCUUUGAGUGAGGUUAGAAAUUCCUGGCAAACGAUGGGCCUGAGAAAGCACGCGCUGGAGGAACCAAUCGAUGAUGAUCCGGAAAUGGAACGGCUGCGAAAUCAGCUGGCAUCGAGAAGGAAGCUUGAUACCAGCGAGGAUGCUGAACUGCUGGGCUCCAGAAGACCAAAGGUGCAAAGGGUGGUGGAGCCUGCGCAAGACUCGCAAGAUUACGACAGCUCGACGACGUUCGGUGAGCUUCUGGGAAAGAGACGAGAACGGGGACAACGAGCGCCGGUACCGCCUAUGAUGUCGCAAGGAAACGCUGCAAUCGACGUGUACGGAGAUAUUGGAGGAAUGUCAUCGGGACCACCGAUGGCGAGUCAAUGGGGACCGCCUGUGCAGCAGCAAGGUCCCUCAGGCUGGAAUGCGGGUCCACCGAUGGGACCGAGAGGUCCAAUGGGUCCGGGACCGGGAGGUCAAAUGGGACCGGGAGGUUCAAUGGGACCAGGACGUCCAAUGGGUGGUCCUUCGGGCGGACCCAUGGGCCCUAACGGACCUCCAUCAAAUCCGGAUCAACCUCAGAUUACUCCUCUGAUGAGAAGCCUAAUGCAGAAGAUUGAAACCGAAAUGAGCUACACGCAAGCGUUCAGCACAAUGCCGAUGAUCGAGCAGUACCGACUGGUCAACGGGAUCAUAAACCAGCAUCUACAGUUCCAACAGUUCACAAACAUGCCAAUGGAUACCAAGAUCGGAUAUUUGUGCAGUGGUUCCAACGGAUUCCCUGCUUCCUAUGCAUUCGGAUUGUUCACCUAUCCUCAACAGCAGCAGCUGUUAGCGCUGAUUCAUGCAGACUUCGUCAAGAAUAACCCUCAACCUUUGGGGCCCGGACCCAUGGGAUCCGCGGGUCCCAUGAACAAUUCAGGCCCCAACAUAACCCCAGCCAUGCGAAAGUUGAUGCAGAAAAUUGAAGCUGAGAUGAGCGACACUCAAGCGUUCUGCACAAUGCCGAUGAUGGAACAGCUCAAGCUUGUGGACGGCAUCAUCAAGCAGCACAGAACGUUCAAAAAGUUUACAAGUCUAUCGGUAGACGACAAGAUCAAGCACCUGAUCAGUGGCGCCAACGGGUUCGGCUGCGCGUACUCGUUCACGCUGUUCACCUAUCCUCAACAGCACAUGCUCUUAUCCCUUAUCCACGCGGACUACAUCAAAAACUUCCCAGACGCAUUAAAACCGGAAAUUCCGCGUACCGUGCACACGAUCGUUCCCGUUGAAGUACCGCCAGCGCCCGUCGUUACUCCGCGACAUCAACCCGCUUUUCAGCAGAAGAAGAAAAAAUCACAAGAGUUCAAAAUGUCUCCCGCCACAAACAGCUUGAUCCAAAAGCUUGGAUCGCAACUCAAGAACUCGGCCUUUCCCACUCUCGAAACCAAAGAGAAAGUUCGACUCGUGGACGAUCUCAUGUACAACCAAAAACUGCCCAGGUUUGUGAAGCUCAGUCUGUUCGGAAAGAUCAAGUUUUUACUCUCCGUCAAAGCGGAAAAGUGGUUCCGGUCCAAGGAAACGUUCAAGCUGUUUACCACCACUCAACAGGAGUUGAUACUCUCGAUCAUCCACGCGGACUACAUCAAGAACAACGUCGUCCAACCGUAUCUCUCGAAAAACCCCGCCGUUCAGGAAGAUCAAACCGACUACAGCACGGUUCAGCGAUCGCGAUCGCCCUCCCCGAUGACCCUGCCGGAUCACCUCAACCGUGCGCCCGCAGCUCGCUCCCCAUCGCCAGAUCCGUUCGCUUCCACAAGUCGAUCGACGGGCAAGUCGCCAACGUGGGACGAUGGGCAGGGGCGGAGCAGAAGUCGGUCCGCGAACAGCGAACGCUUCUCGAUCAGUCCCGAACCGUUGCCGAACCAGCGGCGCCAAGUGGACGCGGAGUUUGACGACAACACAGUCCUCGUCAGCAACUUGUCGUACUUCACUACCGACGAUGAGUUGACCGAACUGUUUGGCCGCUUUGGCCAGAUCGUUGCGAUCAAGUCGGUCAACGGUGUCAACAUGACGCGCAUCAAGCGGAAGCGGGCUCACAUCACGUUCGAAACGGUGGAACAGGCCAGGCGAGCCAUCGGUACGAUGCACCUGAAGCGGUAUCGCAACGUUCUGCUGACCGUGCAGCAGUCCAACAUGGUGGUCUGGCCACGGCCGGGCUACGCGGUCAAGGUGUUUGUGCACGAAGGCCACAGCGAGCUCGCCAUCUACGACACGUUCAAGAUGUGCGGCACCAUCACCAACAUCUGGACGCGCUUCGACAAGAAGCACAAGGAUAUACCGUUUUACCUGGUGGACUUUCUGCACCAGGACGCGCUGCCGGCAGCGCUGGAAUUGUUCAAGCUGAACAUUGGCUGGCCGUGCCAGGUGUUUCCGGUUGAGGAAAAGAACCUUGGCCAGCAAGGCCCUAGCGGUUGGAGUGGCGCCGGCCGCGGGAAGUAGAGAUGGUAAGUUUUGAGUAUUGAAAGACUUUUGCUGAAGUUUUAUCGAUGUUUAAAUGCGUAUGUAACACUUGAAUUAAAAAAAAGGUUUAUUUAGGGAACUCAAAUAGCACGAUUAUGUUGUUUUUGCAAGUAGUUUAAGUUUUGACUCAUAAUCUUAAGGGGAUAUUCCAUUGCGGGAAACUUUGCUUGCAUUCUUGUCGCAGUUUUGACAGAUUUGUGUUCGCAAAAAACAAACUCGGACACUUCAAAUAAGUUUGACAUUGUUAAGUUUCUCGCAAUGGAAUACCACCGUGAGCAGCAAAGGCAGUUAUAUUAUUAUAUAAGCACGACAUAUGAACCUUUGGGCAGCAAAUGACCGCAAAGGUUAAAAAUGCCAGAAAUAAAUAAUUAACAACAACAACAACCCUUCGAAAUUCAGGAGUCAGGAUACGAAAUCUUGCAAUAGGACCCAGUCACGAAAUAUUCUAGCAGAACUGGUUCUGCCAGAACCCCGCCAGAAUGGUGGAACAUUUCUGCUAGAAUGCUUUAAGUAUAUAUA